AAAGAAGCUGCGCGCUGACAUUGCUGUUCUCCACCCUCAACUCGAUUGCUUCGGCAGGUUGUCCAUGUAUUCUGAUCUAUCUAGCUAGCUAGCCAGUAGACAGUAGCCACCAUGUUUCUCUUUCGCAUCAUCCCGGGUGUCCUAUGGUUGGAUAUUCUCGACAAGGCGACCGACCAAUGUGCUGCCGCGAUAUUUGGAGGCUUUCGCUUGCCCUGCAGUCUCCUUGUGUUGUUUCUCUGGAUGUCCUUUUUGGGCGAAUUGCGCAUUCGAGUCGUCGAACUGAUCCACUACGUGACCGUCGUUCACUACAAUCCGCACAAGACCGAAAUUCAACGAAUCUACGGACAAUGGCAGGUCCGAUUGUGCCUGUGUGCUCUGCUGUGUGGACUCAGUUAUUACAUUACCUUUGAAUUUGAAGACGAUUUUCCACAAUUGCAGGCACUCAAAGAAUCCAUUCAAAAUGAAAAACACAAUCAGAAAAUCGAUCAGGCGGUACACAACGACCAAGACAACGAAAAUGACAAUAAUGAAGUCUUUCUCAUGGCACAUGUCUACGCCCAACGAAUUUUACAACAGGCCCAAUCCAUUGUGUGGAUAUUGGGCACUCUAUUGCGACUGAAACGUGCGAGAUUCCUCAAAUUGGUGGCGCUGGUGUGGAUGCUCAUGCCACUGGGGUCCUUUUUGAUGUGUUGGUGUGGCAAUUUUGCCCUCUGGCUCUCCAUUGGACAUGUCAUGAUGCGAGCCUUUGAUUUGACGCCACAAGACCGUCCUCGGUUGGGUAUGGCGGGAUGUAUAUCCGCCAUCCUGGUGUCGACGUUGUAUUGGCGAAAAUACGGAACCCUGGAGAUUCUGUUGGCCGUGGCGGCCGCCAUCGGAGGGGAACUGGCUUUUCAAAAGGCACUUGCCGACGUGGAAGAAGAACGAAAACGCAGAGAACAAAAUCCCGGCAUGUUGGAUAAACUGUGGGCCGCCCUCACUGGCUUGUUCCAAGCGGAGGAGGACGACAAUAGCAACAACAACCAAAAUAAGAAUAAGAGCAGUGUGGGAGACGGCAAAAAGACGGACGAGACAAAAGACGACAACGCGGACAAUACCGAUGCAACAGCAGAAGCGAUUGUAUACACAAGACCAUCGCUUUACGCUUGGCUGGCCAUUGCAGUUUACUGGGCUGCUCACGGAAUCAGAUUGGACGGGUACGAUCUGUUUACGUUCUAACAUACUACGUAUAGAUACCUUUAGACAUUUAGCUGGCUACAUACAGUACAAUACAGAC